AAGAAGAAGAAAACGAAGAAGAAGAAGAAAAUGUCGGGUGGCAUCGCAGUAAAUUACUAAAGCAGCGAAGGCUUUAGCGACAGAAAGAGGAGGGAAAGAAGUGAAACGAGUGUCUGUUUUUUUGGGGGACUACGACCGAGAAGAGAGAGAAAAAGAGGUUGGAGUGAAGUGAGACGAAAAGUGCAGCAGUUUUUGGGGGUAGUGUAUGGAAAAUGUCUGGAAAGCAAAACUGGACUCUGUGGAGAAAGAGAAGGGUUCCAGCGUUGUGUACUCUGGGUGCAGUACUUCUCUGCUGCCUGCAGAGCGGCGCUUCAGCCACCGAUGAGGUGCCGGUGUUCACAGAGGAGCCUGCGUCCGUGGUGCAGAAGUUUGGAGGCAGCGUCUCGUUGCGCUGCAGCGUCCAGCCCGCCUCGGCCCAAGUCAGCUGGCGCCUCAAUGGCGAGCAGUUGACGGGCGGCGAUCACGGCGUGGUAGUGGGUCCCGGCAGCCUGUUCAUCCCUGCUCUGUCCAACCUGACUCUGGGCAGAUACCAGUGUGUGGCCAGCACCGGCGCUGGAGCUCUGGCAAGCGUUCCUGCUAACGUCACCGCUGCCAAGCUUCGGGACUUCGAGCCCGACGUUCAGCAGGAAAUUGAAGUGGACGAAGGCAACACGGCUGUGAUUGAAUGUCACCUCCCUGAGAGUCAGCCCAAAGCUCAGGUUCGCUACAGCGUCAAACAGGAAUGGCUGGAAACUUCCAAAGGAAACUACCUCAUCAUGCCGUCGGGGAACCUGCAGAUAGCCAACGCCACACGUGAAGACGAGGGGCCGUACAAGUGCGCGGCGUACAACCCUGUCACUCAGGAGGUCAAAACAUCCACGUCCACUGACCGUCUGCGCAUUCGCCGCUCCACCUCCGAAGCGGCCCGCAUCACCUACCCUCCGGCGCCCCGCUCCAUCAUGGUGACCAAAGGCCAGCGGCUGGUGCUGGAGUGCGUGGCCAGCGGCAUCCCCACGCCGCUGGUCACGUGGGCCAAAGAUGGCCAGGACCUGCGUUUCCACAACAACACGCACUUUUUGCUCAGCAACCUGCUGAUCGACGCGGUGAGCGAGGACGACUCCGGCACGUACAUCUGCAGAGCGGACAACGGCAUCGGCUCGGCCGGCUCUACCACCGUGCUGUACGACGUGCAAGUGUUUGAGCCUCCUCAGGUGAUCGUGGAGCUGCAGCAGCAGGAGGCCGUGUACGGAGAAACCGUACGCUUCACCUGUCAGGUCCGGGGGAAGCCCGCUCCCUCUGUGACGUGGCUCCACAAUGCUCAGCCCCUCGCACCGUCCGCACGCCACCGCCUCACCUCGCGGGGGCUGCGCGUCCUAAACGUGGGCCCGCAGGACGACGGCCUGUACCAGUGCAUGGCGGAGAACGGAGUGGGCAGCUCACAGGCCUCCGUUCGCCUCGUAACCGUAUCGACGGGGAUUUCACCUGGGAAGAGGCUGCCCUCCAUGUUUCGCCCCCUCAGCCCAGACCAGGUGCUGAAGGAGCAGCCUCCUGUAAGGCCCGGGGCUCCCAACGUCAAGCUGCCCUUCGACUGCUCUGACAUGCUGGGGCUGAUUCUGCCUGCAGAUGCCCCCAUUAUUCUGAGUCAGCCACGCACGGGCAAGGCUGACUCUUAUGAACUCACCUGGAGGCCUCGGCAUGAGCGAGGGUCCCCUGUGCUGGAAUAUACCAUCAAAUACAGAAAAGAAGGAGACCUUCUUGCAGACUGGACCAUCCGCACUAUCUCAGGCUCUCUGCACAAGCUGACUCUGACCAAACUGCAGCCAGACAGCCUGUACGAAGUGGAGAUGGCUGCCAAGAACUGUGCGGGUUUGGGACAGCCGGCCAUGAUGACCUUCAGAACUGGCAAAAGUCGCAAAGGACCCCAACACCCACAAAAACCUCCUGCUGUCCCUCCGUCGACACUGUCUCCUCCYGAGGCUCCUGAUAAGCCCACCGUCUCCUUGGCCACCGAGACAUCGGCGUACGUGACGUGGAUUCCUCGGGGCAACCGCGGCUUCCCCAUCCAGUCGUUCCGGGUGCAGUACAAGAAGGUGAAGAGGGCAGGGGAGGACUGGGUGACUGCGGUGGAGAACAUUCCUCCGUCAAGACUGUCUGUGGAAAUCACGGGCCUGGAGAAAGGCACGUCUUAUAAGUUUCGUGUGGCAGCUGUGAACGUGAUCGGUUCCAGUCCUCCCAGCGCUCCUUCGAAGGCCUACACUGUGGUGGGCGGGAGAACACACGAGCGUCCAGUCGAUGGACCCUACAUCACCUACAACGAGGCCAUCAACGAGACCACCAUCAUCCUGAAGUGGACGUACACCCCCGUAAACAACACGCCCAUCUAUGGUUUCUACAUCUACUACCGGCCGACAGACAGCGACAAUGACAGCGACUACAAGAAGGAUGUGGUGGAGGGAGACAGAUACUGGCACUCCAUCACGGACCUCCAACCGGAAACGGCCUACGACAUCAAGAUGCAGAGCUUCAACGAGAAGGGGGAGAGCGAGUAUGGCAACGUAGUGAUCCUCGAAACGAAACCUCGUCUCAGUUACCCCGGCACCGUGCCCACAGUGACCUCAGGUUCAGAGAACGUGAACGACAGGGUGCUCGUGCCCCGGCCCGGUGACCUCCCCUACCUCAUAGUUGGUGUCGUCCUGGGAGCCUUUGUCUUCAUCAUCGUCGCCUUCAUCCCCUUCUGCCUGUGGAGAGCUUGGGCCAAGCAGAAACAAACAUCAGACUUGUGUUUCCCCGCUGUGGCUGCGCCGGUGUCUUCAUGCCAGUACACGAUGGUCCCUCUUCAGGGACUUGCUCUGGUUGGACACUGUCCUCUGGACGGGCGUAUGACGGCUCCACACGGCGUGUACCCAGCUAACGGAGAAUACCUGCAGAAUGGCAAAGCUCACCACCCAAAGGAGUGUCUGCCAGGACUGCAGCAGGAUGAGGUGGACUGUGAGAUGGAGUGUGACACUCUUCUGCCUCAGACGAUGUCAAAUGGACAUCUGCCCGUCUACCACUACUCCACCAGUGGCGUUGAUCAUCACAAACAGAACUGCUGCUCUCCCGACGACGUCACCCUUCAGCUGCUGCCGUCUUCCUGUCAGCUCGUAGACUCGCGCGACGUCUGCAGCAACGCCAGGUCCUGCUGCGGAGACGAAGUGCAGGAAGUAACUCAGAGACCAGAACCUCUCUACCUUCUGUCUUUAGAGGACAAGAUUUUCACCACGUCGUCUUCAACGCCCGCAACACAACCGACUCGAGACUCGAUCCAGGAAGUGGACAUCCUCCCAGAUGAAGUGUCCCUCGAGGACGAAGGGUCGGCCCGCACUACAGACGCAUGAGAGACUCUUGAGUGAACAGAGGAAAACCAGAGAAAAUAUUUAUUUUUGUAUCAGAGAUAUUUAUAUAUUUAUGCUUUUGUAUAUAAGUGUCUGAGUUUACUGUAUAUAUGGUUGUUUUCAUAUUCAAGAGGACUUUUUAUUCACACGUCUGAUGGUUUUAUGUCAUGGAAAGGAGUCAAGGCACCCCGUUUUUAAAUUUUGACGUUCAUCCUCUGUUGUCAGCACUUCCCCCUCCACUCAUAAAACGUCCAUCUUUGGGGUUUUUGACACUUAGCUUUAUGCACAACAGAAACUAAAAGGAACUCUUUUCACCAAUCUCACGCUGUCACUACGAGGUGCUGUUACAUUCAAGAGAAAUGUGUCAUUUUGUGUAGCAGUAACAUAUUAUGCAUUGCUCAUCAUUAAACUAUUAACAAGUGUAUGCAACAUAAAUCAUUGUUUCAGUAGUGUACAAGAGAUUUUAUAUAUAAAUAUAAAAUGUACAGAUAUUUAUUUUUUUUUUAUCACUGAGUGGGAGAGAUUCUGGAAAAAAUAACUGUCAUCAAUAAGCUGAUCUUGUACUGCAGCCACUUGUGUGUUUACUCUUGUGCUGGUUACCAAAUGACUGCCAGUAGAGGGUGCUGUGACUGGUGUGUUAGUGUUAUUCCUCCGUUUCCUCACGUGCAAGAAGUAUUAAGACUUAUGUGAUCUAAAUGAAGGAGAUCCUGAAUCCACAAUUCCUUUAAAAUAAAAAGGUGCAGCCAUCCUGCUGCACAAGCUGGAGCACUAUUGCAUGUAAAUAAAACCUUAUAAAAUCUA